AUCGUUCAUAUAUUCUAUUAAGACCAUGCUCUACUUUUAAAAGAAAAUAUUAGUUUCUUUUUUGCAGUGGAGUAACUUUUAAAAGAAAAGAUAGAGGGGACUUUACGGAAUUGAUUCAUCCCCUGUUGAAAAAAUAACAAAGUGUAACUUUUGUUUAACGCUUCACAAUUUGACAUUUGAGGCGAGCGUUAACCUUUCAGAUUUUGACCACAGAAGGGAUCUGUUGCCCCAAUCCAAUAUAGAAUGUCGUCGUUUAACUGCUACGGGUGGACGUCCAUGUCUCCCCUUUUAAAUACGAGGUUGCACUUCCUUGCUUGUUUGAGAGAGAACUUGAAUACUUUUCUUUCUUUCUUGUUUUCGUUAAAUCAACGGAGAACUUGAGUACUUGAUUAGGCCAGAACCGUGAUCUAACAAUUUAACGAUCAGUGCUUCAUUCCUUCGACCAAAAAAAAAACAAUCAGUCCUUGAUCCCCAACCACCCUAUUUAUACGUCUUCCGCCAUUCCUAUAUUUAAAAAAAAAAAAAGAAAAAAGAAAAAAGAAAAAAAAAAAGAAAAGAAAAGAGAGAGAGAGAGGGAAAGAAGAGACUACAUCCAAAUACAGUAGAGGUAGGAGGAAAGCAAAUCUUUGAAGAUCGUCGUCGGAUUUUUUCUUCCUUUCCUGUGUGCCAUUGAGGAUAUUCAGGAGUAAAAGGAAUAUAUUGUGCAAUGGCCACCUCUGAGAGAGAAGAUUUUAGCCUCUCAGGACCCUUACAUCUAAAUGCUGUUGAUUGGACAAAUGCACAUCAUCAAAGAUCUGUAACUGCCAGUUUGGUUCAGGGUGUCUACGUUCUGGAGCGGGACCGACAGUUGAAACGUGAAGGUCCAGAAGCUCUUGCAAAUCCAUGGUGGGAGUUCUUUCACUUUCAGCUGCUCCGUAAACUUGUGGAUGAUGUUGAUUCCUCCAUUUUUGGUGCCAUUUACGAGUUUAAACCUUCAACAGCUUAUUCUAGCCAUUCACUAGAUGCAGGCCCACAUUAUGUAAUUGCGUUUCGAGGCACCAUAACUAAGCCAGAUUCCUUGCCACGGGACAUUGAGCUGGACCUUCACAUAAUCCGAAAUGGACUCCAUGAAACAUCUCGCUUUGAAAUUGGUAUCCAAGCGGUUAGAAAUGUGGUGACUACUGUAGGCGAAUCAAAUGUGUGGCUAGCAGGCCAUUCCCUGGGUUCAGCAAUGGCUUUGCUUGCUGGAAAGAUCAUGGCUAAGACGGGCAUCUUUAUCCAAGCAUUUCUCUUUAAUUCACCAUUCUUUUCUGCCCCAAUAGAGGGAAUCAAAGAUCAAAGGGUGAAACACGGAUUACGGAUUGCAGGCAGUGUGAUUACAGCUGGACUUGCCUUUGCUGCAGCUGCAAAGAAGAAUGAUCAAAAUAGCCGCUCUAUAGAUACAUUUGCUGCUCUUUCUUCGUGGGUACCAUCUCUAUUUGUCAAUCCAGCAGAUCAUAUCUGCUCUGAGUAUGUAGGUUAUUUUGAACACAGGAAGAAGAUGGAUGACAUUGGCAUUGGAGCUAUUGAGAGGUUAGCAACCCAGAAUUCAAUUGGUGGUCUUAUUAUGAAUGCAAUAGGAAAAGAGUCGGAGCCACUCCACCUCAUUCCUUCAGCAAAUCUGACGGUCAAUUUAACUCCAUCUCGAGAUUUUAAGGAAGCCCACGGAAUUCAUCAGUGGUGGAGACCCGAUUUGGAAGUCCAGUCCAACCUUUACAAGUAUCAAUAGCUUGGUGGAAUUGUUAUAAUUCACAUAACUACUUUAAUUUAUAAAAUUGUUCCCUCUCCCUUCAGUGAUUAUAUAUCCUGAUUCAUUUCGCAAUGUUACUCCCUCUGUAGAAGGUUGUUUAUAUCUGAUGAUGUGUUUACUCUUGGUCAUUUGGUGACAUUGAAGUAAUAAUGAAGUAAAAGGUUGGUGAUUA